AUGGCGCCCUGGGAUCCCACCAAGAACAAGACGUACCAGAUCCUGAAGGAGGCCGAGGAAAAGGGCUAUGGCGUGCAGGCCCCGGUUGCCUACAACUUGGAGCACAUCCUGGCCUUCAUCCAAGCCGCCGAAGCCAAGCGCAGUCCUGUCAUCAUCCAGGUCUUUCCCUGGGCCGUCACGUUCUCCAACGGUGUCCUCGUCCACGCUGCGGCGCACGCUGCGCGGACCUCGACGGUCCCGGUGGCCAUCCACCUGGACCAUGCGCAGGACGAGGCCAUGAUCCGCCACGCAGCAGAUGAGCUGCCGUUCGACAGCAUCAUGGUCGACAUGAGCCACUACGACAUGGAGGAGAACCUGGCCAGGACGAAGGCGCUGGUGGCCUACUGCCACGACCGAGGCAUCGCCACCGAGGCCGAGCCCGGGCGUAUAGAGGGUGGAGAGGACGGUAUCGCCAGCACGGCAGAUCUCGAGGGUGCGCUGACGACGGGGGAGCAGGUCGAGGAUUUCAUCGCCACGGGCAUCGACUUCCUCGCGCCAGCCUUUGGGAACGUACACGGCGAGUACGGAGCGAGAGGACCGGUGCUCGACUGGGAUCGCAUCGACAUGAUCCGGAAAAAGGUGGACGGGAGGGUCCGGAUCGUGCUUCACGGCACAAACGGGUUCCCGGAAGACGUGAUGAGGCGGUGCAUUGCCUCUGGCGUGUCCAAGGUAAACGUCAACAAGCUCGUGCUGGACGACUACUUGACUCAUCUCAGGGAGAAUGCGGCAAAGACGAGCCUCACAGCUCUCAUGGAGGAGGGUGUCAUCCAGGCUCGCAAGUUGACCGAGCGGCAGAUGGACGUUUCGGGGUCGACGGGGAAGGCAUGA